CAUUAAGGUGGAGAAAUCUCAUACGAUGUGAAUAAUAAUUAAUUUAAAAUUCGCCAUAUGGCAACCAAGUGUAAAUUAAAUUACUAACACGCAGCAAAAGAGAUGUGCUGAAUUUAUGGAAAAAAAUUUGCAACUAUCAAUAACCCCCCACAAACACAAUGGGGGUAUUUUAGUCUUUCACCCAAAAUCUUUAACAAAUAAAACAAAUUACAAAAAUUGCCCUCACAAGUUGACUCUAAUGGCGGCCCUUUUAGCCUUCUCUAUAUAAAACAAACAGAAAAACAUUUCUUCUUCCUACCUUCAUUCUUUCUCUCCUCCACUUUCUCUCUCUAGAAUUUAAAGAAGAAGAAAAAAAUGGAUUUUGAUCAAGAAGAUGGUAAGAAUAUGAUGAUGAAGGGUAUUUGGGUAAAUGUGGUAGUAUUGGUAACAAUAGCAAUAGCAACAAAAUUAGUGUUACAAUUAUGGUGGAGACCAAGAAAAGUUGCAAAGCAUUAUUCAAAUCAAGGAAUUAAAGGGCCUCCUUAUAAUAUCUUCAUUGGUAAUAUGAAAGAAUUGGUAGAAAUGAUGCUCAAAGCUUCUUCACAACCUAUGACUCUUUCUCAUAAUAUUCUUCCUAGAGUCCUUCCUUUCUACCAUCAUUGGAAGAAACUUUAUGGUGCAACUUACCUUAUAUGGUUUGGACCGACCCCAAGGCUAACCAUAGCGGAUCCGGGUCAAAUAAGAGAGAUUUUAUCUACCAAAGCAGAAUUCUACGAAAAAUACGAGUCUCAUCCUCUUGUAAAAAAACUUGAAGGUCAUGGUCUCAUAUCUCUUAAAGGCGACGUAUGGGUUCAUCGUCGCAAGACCAUUUCACCCAUCUUCCAUCUCGAAAACCUUAAAAUGAUGAUACCCAUAAUGGGAAAGAGUGUGGCCCAUAUGUUGGACAAGUGGUCCUUGAUUUCGAAUUCGGGCAAGGUUGAACUGGAAGUCUCAGAAUGGUUUCAAAAUUUGACAGAAGAGGUUAUUACAAGGACUAUUUUUGGAGCUAGCUAUGAUGAUGGCAAGAAGAUCUACCAAUUACAAGCUAAGCAAAUCGUCUUCGCCGCCGAGUCCUUUCAAAAAGUCUUCUUCCCUGGCCAAAGAUUCCUGCCAACGAAGAGGAACAGAACGACGUGGAAACUAGACAGGGAGAUCGAGGCAUCAUUAAUGAAGUUGAUUAGUCAGAGGAAAGAGAGUCUAUUAAGACGACGGGAGGAGGAAGAAGGAGUCGGAGUCGGAGUCGGAGUCAGAGUCAGAGACGGAGGAGAAGGAGAGGAAUGUCAUAGGGAUUUAUUGGAGAUACUAAUAGAAGCAAGCAUGAGUAAUAACAAUAAUAAAAACACAAGUGAAAAAAAGAUAACAGAUAAUGAUAUAGUAGAAGAGUGUAAGAGUUUCUUUUUUGCUGGGAAACACACAACUUCAAAUUUGUUAAUAUGGACAAGUAUACUCUUAGCAAUGCACCCUCAAUGGCAGCAAUUGGCACGUGAGGAAGUUAUGAGGGUGUGUGGAGCACGUGAUAUCCCAACUAAAGAUGAUGUUUCAAAUCUAAAGACACUAUCAAUGAUCAUAUCUGAAGUCUUAAGGCUCUAUCCACCAGUAGUAGCAACAAUUCGACGAGCCAAAACACAAGUAGACCUUGGAGAUAUUAACAUUAAAGAAGAAACCGAGCUCUUAGUCCCAAUAUUAGCCGUCCAUCAUGAUACCACAAUAUGGGGCCCGGAUGCAUCGGAGUUCAACCCGUCCCGUUUCUCUCAAGGCGUGUCCCGGGCUGCCACCCACCCGACCACCUUUAUGCCAUUCGGCCUUGGGGGGCGCCAGUGCAUCGGGCAAAACCUAGCAUUGUUACAAGCCAAAUUAGCUAUAGCCAUGAUCUUGCAAAAGUUCACAUUUGAGAUAUCACCCAAUUAUAAGCAUGCACCCACCGUUUUGAUGCUCCUUUACCCUCAAUUCGGAGCUCCGAUUAUAUUUCGGAGCUUGUAGGAUCCUAGAUCCGACCUUAACCUACAUAAAUUAUGUCCUACAUACAGAGAAAACCCAACAAAAUAAUUUUUACUCCUUUUACUCCCUUUCUUUGAUUUUCUUAAUUCCUUUUUUGGUUUGUCUUGAUGGUUUGCUAACUUUUUUGCCAAAACACUAACCCUAUGUGAAAAUAUUAGUUGUAGGACUAACUUUUUUUUUUUUCCUUUUUUGAUAUGCUUCUUGUGUCACUCAAUGUAAUUAAGUAUAUAUUUGUAUACAUUUGCUCCUGACUGACACCUUGUAAUAAUAUAACAAAAUGUUUAUGUUAUGCACAUCUUUGUUCCGUUA